UCGUAGAUCUACGAAAGAAAUGAAUUGGAAUCAAGAAACAAAGAACAGACUGAACGAAAAAGUUGCACAGAAUGUGCAAGACGUAGGCUCCCUUGUAAGACAUGUGGUAAAAACGUCGAAAUCCAACGAGCUGUUGGCACAAGCGGCAAAGAAUUUUUCCUGUCAGGAGAACGUCAUCCAUAAUUCAUCAGAGUCAUUAAAGAAAAUGAUAACAAUAAAAACUCAGCUAGAAUAUCAAGAGUCAGCAAUAGAAAGAAGCAUGAGUACACUUUCUGAUAUUCAAGAACAGCUCAACUCCAUUAAUAGAUGAAGGAAAUUCUUAAUCAAAGCAAACCGACUUGAGUUCGCGGAAUCAAUGCGAAUCCAGUGUGAUUCAGUUGACCUGUGACCAACAUUUCUUUAUUAUUUAGUGAAUGCACACCAGAGGAUAUUCUGGGAGUUACUUUAUUCUAACAUCGAAGACAAUUAACUCUCUGUUAUACAUGUAUCAAGACAAGGACCCAGAUGAUCAAGUUGUGAAGAGUUUUCUCCCAUUUAGUUCCUUUUUCUGUUCUUAAAAACUGUUAUACUGUUAAAAAAAGACUGUGUAUUGUGAGGGAAAAAAACGAUACUGUAGAUUCCUAAAUAUAUGCGAGGAAUUAAUUAUUGCGUAAUUUCGAGAGAAGCUCCAGUCGCGAAAUAAAAUAACUCGCUUUUAUUUUUAUGGUGCUGAACUCUUUAUAAAAUCUUAUGAUCAACCUCCCACUCACGAUUUAAUAUUCCUCGCGAUAUGACGUCUAAGAGGCAUUUCCCGAUAUUAAGUACUCGCGUAAAAUAAGGAAUCUACAGUAUUGCAAUGGAUCACAGUAUUUCAGAAAAAGAUCACAUUUCAAAUUUUUACAUUUAAAGGAAGAAUAAUGUAGUUUUGAGCAAUUCUUUAUUAAAAAAUCUGCUUCUAGUAGUCUUUUUUACUCUGAAAAACCAAGAUUAAAGCAAAAGAAAGAUUUAA